AUGUCAUUCGCCGGCCUUCGCGAGUGGUUCUUAGAAAAUGGUGGUGAGCUGGCUGAAGGCGUCCAUGUCGCAGAUUCAGCGCUGGGUGGCCGUGGGCUCUUUACGUCGAACCCCCUCUCUGCAGGCUACCAGGUCUUGUCACUUCCUUUGGAGUCCUGUUUGUCGUCUGCAGACCCAAGAGUGGCUGAGUUGCCAGUGAACUCGCUUUUUCGACUCACCGAACUCUUGUGCGAUGAGCUAGAGAAGGGCAACUUCUCUCGAUGGGCAUCCUGGUUCCAGUCCUUGCCCAAAGAGUGUGGCAGCUGGCCAGAGUGGAGGGAGCUGGAGCUGCGAGCUGCGGAGAAGGGUCCUCCACAGCUCUUCGAGGAGGCUGUCCAGCUGGCGAAGAGGCUGCCGCUGUGGUACAAGCAGCUGAGCCAGAUCCUCCCGGCAAGUGUCAUCGCCGGUCUCGAUGACAAGGCCAGCUUUCGGCGAGCGUUAGCCAUACUGUUCAGCCGGCGCUUCGGAAUUGAAAUUGACGGCUGCAAGAUUGCCGUCUGUGUUCCGCUGGGUGACAUGAUAAAUCAUACAGCUGCGGACGCUAGCAUUGAGGUUCAGUACGACCAGGCCUCUGGGCGCAUGGCCUUUGUCACCCAAACACACAUAUCGGCUGGAGAGGAGCUUCUUAUUCGCUACGGACAGCUGGACAACUUGGAGCUGUGCACGAGCCACGGGUUCGCACUGCCAGAGAACAUGUUGGACAGCGUCGUGCUAUCUGACGGUGUUAGAUUGACUCGGGCAUCUCAGCUGUCACUUCCGGCCUCAGUCGAGGUUCAGCGCAUGAGGGAUGCCUUGCCUCUACAAGAGGAGGAUGAGGCCGCCCAUGCGGACAAAAGCAGCUCGCAGGGAUGCCGUGCGAUUGCCAGUUUUCGCCUCGGCUACCGAGACCUGCUGCAGAAGCUACUGGACAACUACUCGGAGGAUGUUGGGUAG